AUGAUUAUAACACGACAUACUGUUGGCUUAGCUUUCUUAGCUGCUCUUGGCUGUGCUACCGAUGUCAAUAACACCGAUCUUGAGCCAUUGCGGUUCACCAAGAAUGGUACUUUUCAGAUCGCCAUCUUCUCCGAUAUGCAUUUUGGGCAAUAUGAAUCAUCAACAGGUCCUGAACAGGAUCGCAAUUCUGUUGAAGUGAUCCGCAAAGUCCUCGACUACGAUAGGCCUGAUCUGGUCGUUCUUAACGGCGAUCUCAUCAAUGGAGACUCAACAUUUGCUCACAACAGCACGCAUUACGUUGACAUGAUUGUUGAGCCAAUCGUCAACCGCAGCUUGACCUGGGCAUCUACAUAUGGCAACCAUGACCAUAACUACAACAUUGCUGGCGAUGAUAUUCUUGAGCGCGAACAACUGUUCCCUGGAGCGCGCACGCAGAAAAUGGUUAACAAGAAGUUGUCGGGCACAACAAAUUACUAUCUGCCUGUAUACCCCUCGGACUGUACCGAUACUACCGAUUGCAGCCCGAAUCUCAUCCUAUGGUUCUUCGAUAGUCGCGGCGGUAACUAUUAUCAGGGGUCUUAUCAGCCAAACUGGGUUGACCAAAGUGUUGUUGAUUGGUUCAAUGAAACAAGUAUCGAGUUGAACGACAAGUACAACAAAACCCUCCCUUCGCUAGCAUUCGUCCACGUUCCAGUCAACGCCACAGUUGCACUCCAAACAGAGCUUGGAAUCCGGAAGAACUACCAGCCGGGCAUCAACGAGGAUCCUCCGGUGUUUCAGCAAGGAGCAGGGUGGUGUGAGAAUGCAGACCCUAACGAGACUUGUGAUUACGGAGGCCAGGACGUGCCAUUCAUGGAGGCUUUGGUCACUGUUCCUGGAGUCAUCGGGCUGUUUUCUGGUCAUGAUCAUGGAAACACGUGGUGCUAUCGCUGGGAUAAGAAACUCGAAGGAAUGACUGUCGAAGGCAACGGUAUCCAUCUGUGCUAUGGACAGCAUUCUGGGUAUGGCGGUUACGGCGAUUGGAUCCGCGGUGCACGAGAGAUCGUUGUCACAGAGGAUAUGUUGGAGAAGGGGGACGUAGAGUCCUACAUUCGUCUCGAAUCUGGCGAUGUUGUUGGGCGGGUGACGUUGAAUUCGACCUACAACGACGACUACUAUCCUGCUACGCCGAACACCAUGACCUAUAUGUCAGAGGCGUUAAGUGGCAGUAGCAGCGAUGAGGAAAGUGCUGCGAGGUGCAUUCUGUCAGGGUCUGAACUCAUGACAGCGAUUGGGGGGUCAUUGGUUGCGAUUGCUUGGUUGUGCUUUUAA